UCAAAUCACUGAGUGAUUCACCCCCAAAGAAACAUUCUAGGAAUCGUUAGAGCAAAAACAGUCUCCGCUUUCUUUUUACUUUUCUAUUUUCUAUGGGCACGGUGGCGCGUGUAAUUCACUGCCAACUACUCUCCCAUAAACCCGGAGCUAAUACUAGGAGGGAACUGGGUGGUAAGGUUCAGAUCCCUGUUCAGAAAGUGAAAGUUGGUGAACCUGAGAAUGGAAAGAUCGUGUUGCAGCCCCGGUUAUGUACGUUAAGAUCGUACGGUUCCGACCCAGUUGGUGUGAUGAAGACGAGAAAGGAAGAACGCGAUCAAGUUUCACCCUUUUUCGAGACUUUAUCGGAGUAUAUCGAGAGUUCCAAGAAGAGCCAAGACUUCGAGAUCAUCUCCGGCCGCCUCGCUAUGAUUGUGUUUGCUGCAACAGUGGCGACAGAAUUCGUGACGGGAACCUCCAUAUUCAGGAAGAUGGAUUUGCAAGGGAUUGAGGAAGCCGUGGGUGCGUGCCUAGGGGCGAUGACUUGUGCGGCGGCUUUUGCUUGGUUGUCCAGUGCUCGUAACAAAGUGGGUCGGAUCUUCACCGUCGGCUGUAGCUCGUUUAUCGACUCGGUGAUCGAUCAAAUCGUGGACGGAUUGUUCUACGAAAGUGAUGCCAGUGACUGGUCUGAUGAUAUUUGAAAUCAGAAAUGGUGAUGGUGUUGAUGUUUAUAUAUGGGUAGGAUCUCCCUUUGAGAGAAAUGAAGAUAUAGUAAUUAUAAUGUGGAGUUCCUGAUAAAGAAAACUAAGAUGGAGUAUUUAAGUUGUGUUGCAGCAGAUCUUAUAGAAUCAAAGGCAUAUGUAGAAUUGUAGAUGAAGGAGAAUGGGAUUGAAGUAAUAGUUCAUAGUGUCUGCCCAUCUCAUCUGAGAUUAUAGAUGUUAAGUUGUAUAAACAUUAUAUAUAUG